CACCGCGCUCCGUUUGUCGUCACCAAAUCCCUUCCGUCUCCUCAACUCUCUGCGCUCUGUGUAGUCCACGGCUCUGGUGGCCAUGGUGGGUUCCACUGAACGAAGAGACAGAAAAUGCUGGACUCUGUCUUGAUCGACACAGUGGAGCAAAGGCAAAGGGAAAGAAACAAAUGGAUUCCCUGUCAUUUUGUCGUGCCUCCCAUCUCUCUCUCUCUCUCUCUCUCUUUUUACCAUUCUCGUCCCCUCUCCUUUACGUGCUGUGCUGUGGGUCACACGGGUAGGUACGAGAUUUGACAAGAUUGAUGGUAGGGAUCCUUUGAGAACAGGGUCCUGCUCCCGCACCAGGUUGGUAAUCCCUUUCUUCACCUCCGCCACUGCCUUCUACUUAUACUCUCUCUUCACCUCCCUCCCUUGCUCUCUCUCUCUCUCUCUACACCAAGUGUCAUGUUUCAAUAUGUAUCUGCCCUUGAGCUGUCUUGCUUGGGUUUGAACAGCAGGACACACUCCGCACCGAAGCUCGGACGGAGGGCGCCGCACUGUUGAUUGCAGAUCGGUAUGAGGUGUCUUGUAAGAUGGAGACUGGCUUCUGCCGAUGAAGGAGAGGCAGCGGUGGAGGUCUGAGGAGGACGCCGUCUUGUGUGCGUACGUGAAGCAGUAUGGGCCGCGGGAGUGGCACCUGGUGUCCCAGCGCAUGAACGUGCCCCUGCUCAGGGACGCCAAAUCUUGCUUGGAGAGGUGGAAGAAUUACCUCAGGCCGGGAGUUAAGAAGGGGCCGCUCACCGAGGAGGAGCAGCGCCUCGUGAUCGGGCUACAGGCCAAGUACGGCAACAAGUGGAAGAAGAUCGCCGCUGAGGUCCCAGGCCGCACCGCCAAAAGGCUCGGCAAGUGGUGGGAGGUCUUCAAGGAGAAGCAGCAGAGGGUGGUGCAGCGAGAGAUUAGCAAGUCCGUGGUAAGCUCCACCGAUCCGGGUAAGUACGACCGCAUCCUCGAGAGCUUCGCGGAAAAGCUAGUGAAAGAGCAGCUGAUGGCUGCGCCAUUACUUCCCCCAUGGCUUUCUUCCAACACCAACGGCGCCCACCGACCGCCGCCAUCUCCCUCCGUGGCUCUUACUCUCUCGCCUUCCGCUGCGCCCCCUGCCCGCAUGCCCUGGACGCAAGCAGAGCGAGCCGUGGAGAACGGUACGGGUUUUGUACCUGGGUUCGCCGUGGUGGAUGGCCGCGUCGUUGCCGACCUGGUCGAGUGCUGCAAAGAACUGGAGGAAGGGCAUCGGGCGUGGGCGGCGCACAAGAAAGAAGCGGCCUGGAGGCUGAAGAGGGUCGAGCUGCAGCUGGAGGCGGAGAAAGCCUGCAAGAGGAGGGAGAUGAUGGAGGAGAUCGAGGCCAAGAUCAGGGCGCUCAGGGAGGAGCAGCAGGCGGCGCUAGAAGGAAUCGAAGCGGAGUACAGGGAGCAGAUUGCCGGACUGAGGAGGGAGGCGGAAGCGAAGGAGCACAAGUUGACAGAGCAAUGGGCGACGAAGCAUAUAAGCCUGAGCAAGUUUCUGGAGCAGUUCGGGUGUCGCCGGUGGCCGUCGGUGGAGAUGAACGAGCGCUGAGGGCAGUAGGGGUUGGGGCUGCUCUGUUUCUGCAUCAUUGUCGCUGCGUUACCAUCCAACGUCUGUAGCUUUUUUCCUCAGAUUUCCUUGUUCUUGAAUCGUAGCAGUCAGUGAAUCGUGUAGAGUCACUCUGUUUGAUGUCUAUUAUAAUUUUCAUUUAUCGAGCAUCUGAACACUUAGACA